UUUAUUUUUUUGUUUUCACAAUUAUUGUUUUUCAAAAAGAUAUAAAUAAUGUCAAAAUUCCUAAAAAUAAUGGCUAUUUUUUUAGUUUUUACUAUUUUUUAAUUCAAAAAUAAUGCUACAAAUUAUAUAUCUAUUGCUCGCCACUGCCGGCACCAGUCACUUCUGCUUCGCUGCACAUGAGGAGCUCGCGAAUUUCUGGUAUACCUGCGAUUUCCACAUGGAACCCGAUAUUGAAGCGAUGAGCAAGGAGUGCAGACGAAUCUAUAGCAAUAAAGUGAGUGCAAAAGACGUCUAUGCGCUGUACAAAACCGAAGCGGAAAGUUUUUAUAAAUUUCGAAAUAAAUUGGUGGCGUGCGAAAGCAAGGGCAAAGUAUGUGCUUUGAGUGAGAGACCUAAUGGACUUGAAAUGCCGUUGCUACUUGGUUAUAACAUCGACAACCGUGUGCGUUUAUAUAAAAAUUCCGAAAUGAAUCAAUGCUAUCUGACCACGACGAAUAAUGUGGAUUUCAUUAAAUGUAUUAUCGCAGUGCGUAAAAAAUUAUUAAGUGAUUUAAAUAAAAAUUGCUCAAGUACGUAAUUGAUAUACUUGAAGGUUUCUUAAUUUUAUUUAAAAAUAAUGAGAAGAAAAUGCAAUUAAGAACGACAAGCAAAAAAA